AUGGUGAAAGGCCAGCGGUGGAAGGUUCUGGAGAGGGAGGGCGUGAUUGCCAGAGAAGGUCUCGAGGAGUACUGCCGUAUACUGCCAGAGGUCCUGCCUGCGGGAGCCGUCGUGGAAGAGCAGGAGUUGAAGGGCAAUCGGCUGCGCUUCCUUCGACUGUCUGGACGGGGGCCGUACACCGGUUGGGUAGACGUCAGGGACGGCAGCGUCGACCUGCUCGCGCGAGUCGAGAAAAAGGCAGGAGCGGCAGCAAGCGCUGCCCCGGCGGCCGAAGACGACUUGGAUGGAACAUCUAAGAGGAAGAAGGGCUCCGAGAAGUGGAGACCACCUCCGCAGGUUGAGGCUCCGCCUCUGCAAACCGGGAACUCCUCCUAUCCGCGUCCUGGGCGCUUUUGGAAGGUCGUUGGAGCCCCAAAGAGUGGCUUGACGGUGUGGCAGGGAGUGGCCGAAUCGUCUCCGAUCCUUCCAGGGACCCUACCUCAAGGGGCGGUGGUGGAGGAGGUGCAGGUAGUUGGAAACCGCCUCAGCUUCACCGACUUCUCCAUGCGGGGCCCCCCAAGCGGCUGGGUGAACAUCCGCGAGAACGGCCGAGACAUGAUAGUCGUGGACAUGGAGGGCUUGUCGACCCUGAACAUCGCAGAGGCUCUCAAGGAGAGCGCAGGGAUGUCCUUCCAGAUGCCGCAGCCGGUGCAGGCCGCACGAGAGGAGCCGCCCUUGUCUGGUUGGGCGAAGUUGUCGGAGAUGUACGAGAAACCUUUGGCGAAGCAGCGCAUGGACUUGGCCGCGGCAGCAGCAGAGACAGACACGGCGAAGAGGAGGGCCCGAAGGCGUCCUCGGACCUCCGUAAAAGAGAUCCCACCUUUAGAGGAGUUGGCACACGCCUCGGAAGAGAUGUUGGUGGACAUGCUGGGCUUUCCAGAGGAGGAGGCCAAGCAUUUUGCCAUGAUGAAUGAGGAGAGCAAGAACCGGGUGAUCACGGAGUGCAGGGCCCUGAUCGACAUGUCGCCUUUGGAGCGGCAGAUGGCUUUCGAGAAGUUGCGGAAGGCUUGGCCACGCGGCCCAUUUCCCAGCUUUGCAAAGCCAUCGGAGAACUUGCCGAGCGUGAACACGAAUCUGCUCCCAGCUGGCACGUGCUUCCCCAUCAAACGUCCACCCAAGACCUCGAGUCCCCCCUCCAACUUGGUGUCUGCCUUGGAUGGGAAGCCUGGGACGUUCUUUGCUGCUGAGCCACACCUCAAUGCCCCCGAACAGAAGAAGGCGCUGCAGGCCCUCGCGCAGAAGGUGGCCGUGGUUCCUGCACAAGAGGUUGCUGCAGACCCGUCCGUUGCUGCCGAGAGGAUGGACUUCUGCCGCCUUCCCGCCAGCAAGGUCGAUGCUGAGAAGCUGGCGCAGAACGUCAUGGGGAAGGCCAAGCUGAGUGGGGCUGACGUGGCUCUCUACCUCGCUGAGGAGAUGCGAAAGCGGCCGCUGGUGAUGGAUGCUGGCCCUGGGCCCAAGCUCAAGGCUGCUGGCCUCUCCGAGGCGGACUACCGUGGUGAGCGGGCCAAGGUGCUUCGUGACUCGGCAUCUCAGCUGGGAAACGUGGAUCUGCUGUCACUCUCAAAGCCGAAUUUGGUGCUGGACACCCACAAAGACUAUUUGAAAGCUGGUGCAGACAUCUGCUGUACAAACACCUUGAACGCAAACGCACUGGCUCAACGAGACUUUAAGACCUCAAAGUUCGUUGCGGAAAUGAACAAGACAGCCGCCAUGCUGGCCAAGCGUGCAGCAGCUGACAUCACCAAGCAGGAUCCCCGGAAGCCUCGCUUGGUGGCUGGCUUGAUCGGCCCCAACAGCAACCUCUUGCUCGGCGGAAAGAAUCGCACACGCGGCGUCAGCUUCGACGACCUCGUCGAGGCCUACAGUGAGCAGAUCAAAGGACUGGCAGAGGGCGGUGUGGACCUCCUGGCUCUCGACGCCGUGUCGGAUGCAGUGAGUGCCAAGGCGGCGAUCUACGCCGCCGGCGAGGUCUACCGCCAGCUGAAGCAGCGCGUGCCGCCGAUGCUGAUCCAUGCCGUUGUGGAUCCCAGCACUGGACGGACCCCCGGUGGGCAGGGCUUGGAUGCCUUCUACGUGAGCGUGAAGCAUGCGAAGCCCCUGAUCGUUGGCCUUGUGGCAAGCUCGGGGAGCGAUUUGGUGAUGGGUGCCUACGGGGCACUUUGCAAGGUCAGCCAGAGCUUCACGGGGCUGCGACUCGGUGAGGAGGGCCAGGCUCCUACGAGCCUCUCCUCCGAUGCGAGCAAGGCGAUGAAGGCUGGAGUGCCGAACUUGCUGGGCGUCUCCGGAACGGGGCUCCCCACGCACGUGCAGCUCCAGGUCUCGGGAGCCCCACGCAGUCUGCCAGAAGCCAGCAAGACCUUGAUGCUCUCGGGCCACGAGGUUCACACGUUUUCUGGCUUCAGCCUGGUGGGCCAGCGUGGGAGCACCAGGGCUUCAGAUGGCUUCAAGGCUUUGGUGGAUGACUUCAAGGCCAAGAAGGAUCCGGCAAGCUUGACGAAGGCCCUAGAGGUCUGUGCAGAGGACGCGGAGAAGGGCGCAGACAUCCUGGACAUCUGCGUGGAUGGCAUCGCAAACGAUGGAAGCAACCGUGGGAGCAAGGCCGUCUUCAGGAAGUUCGUGGAAAUGUGCGAUGCGGACGAGCGCGUCUCCAAAGCCCCCUUGAUGCUCUGCUCCUCAGAGUGGAAGUGCCUCCGGGAGGGCCUCACAAGCGUGCAGGGCCGCAGCAUCGUAAACGCUAUUUGCUUGAUGGUCGGCGAAGAGGAGUUUCUGAAAAUCGCCAAGGAGUGCCUGAAGCACGGCGCAGCCGUGGUCGUGAUGGCUAUCAGCGAAGAGGGCCGCUGCGUCACCUCCAAGGACAAGGUGGCUGCCCUUCAGAAGAGCUACCGCCUUCUGCGGCAGAAGUUGGACUUCCCUCCCGAGGACAUCAUCUUGGAUUGCCACCUCCAGAGCUUGCGACCCGACGAGCAUCCGGCGGAUGUGAUCUCGGCCAUCGCAGAAGUCAGGCGUACCUGCCCGCAUGCGAGUGUGGCGGCGGGUGUUAGCAACCUCAGCGCGGCCUUCGGGCGGCUCACGAAGCUCAGAGAGGCCUUGCACACCAUCUUCCUUCAGCAUGCCAUUCCGAAAGGUCUCAACGUGGCCCUCGCCGACGCCGGCAACCUCCCCCUCUACGGUGACCUGGACAAGGAGACGCGGCAGCGCUGCGAAGAUGUGAUCCUGAACAGUGGCAAGGACGCUGCCGUCCUCAAGAGCUUCAUGGGCUUCCUGAGCUUCCGAAGUGGCGCCACCGUGUGCCUCCCGCUCCAGGCCACGGUCCCGAAGGACACCUCCGGCCAAGAGGCCUGGUGGGACUUGCCGGAGUGCAAGGCCGCCGCCAAGGAGGCCCAGAAGGAGUACCUGGAGAAGCGCGGCCCCCUCGCGACGCCUGCCUUGCAGAAGGCAUACUUCCAGUCCCUGAAGAUGGCCCACGUGGCCGCUUCGGGCAAGGUGUCUCCGGAAGCGGGCUGCGCCCGUCCGGACCCCUGCCGCGAGGCCGGCAGCGGCGGCACCGGCGCCCUCCAGCAGCAGGUUUCCACGGCCCUGGCAGCCGGCACCGCCGUGGGCAGUAACCUCCUUGCUCAGCUGAACUCCAUGCUGGCGCAGAAGGUUCUCUUGCUGGACGGGCCAGAGGGACCGGGCCUACAACUCUCCGAGAUCAAAGACGAGGCUUCUUUCUCUCGCUUCCCGGCCUCUGCCAAAGGCAACUUGAACUUGCUCUCUAUUACCAAGCCAGACGCCGUGCUUGGUGCUCACCGGGCUCUGCUGAAAUCCGGCGCAGACAUCAUCAGGACGAACACGUUCUACGGUGACGCCUUGUGCCAGAAGUUUUACGGCACCGAGGCCUGGUGA